AUGUGCAAUGGUGAAUUUUUAGAUAAAGAUCCAGAUGAAGCUUUAGAAUUUCUAGAUCAUCUAGCUGAAAAUUCUCAAUCUUGGCAAACAGUAAAACUAAUCGAAAACUCAAUCAGAUCUAGUCUUGCUAGUUCUAGUGGAGGAAAAUAUCAAUUGAGUCAAGAUGAGGAUCUAAAUGCUAGAAUUGCUAGUUUGUCUAGAAAGGUUGAAGCUAUGGAAUUAAGGAAAGUAAAGGAAGUUAAACCCGUGCAAAAUGAUGAAAUUUGUAGCAUUUGUGAAACUUUUGGUCAUCUUACGCAUGAUUGUCCUAACAUUCCAGUUUUUAAAGAAGUUUUACAUGAUCAAGCCAAUGCUAUAAACACUUUCAAAAAGCCUUUUCCUUCUCCAUUCUCAGAAACAUAUAAUCAACAAUGGAGAAAUCAUCCCAACUUUAGUUGGAGAGAUGAUAAUCUUACUCUUGAGGAAACAUUGCAAUCUUUUAUGCAAGGACAAGUAAAUAUUAGUAAUCAAACUUCACAAGCCAUCAAUGAAAACAAGAACACACUUUCUUCAUUGACCUCUUCUUUACAUUCUCAAGAGAAAGGCAAGUUUCCUGCUCAACCUCAACCAAACCCUUUUGGGCAAUUUAAUGUAAAUGCUUCAAGUUCCUCUGAAAGUCAACAAGAAAAUGCCAACUCCAUCACGACUCUUCGUAGUGGAAAAAUUAUUGACAAAACCAUCCCUUCAAAAGAACUAAAAUCGGGUGGGACUUCAAAGCAAGAAAAUGACGUUUCCAAAAAGAAUGUGAGCUCAGUCAUUCUACAAAACACUCCACCUAAAUUCAAAGAUCCUAGUUGUCCAACAAUUUCUUAUGUGAUUGGAAAUAAUAGGAUAGAACGUGCUUUGCUUGAUCUUGGUGCUAGUGUUAAUCUAUUACAUUUUUCUGUGUAUGAACAACUUGGUUUAGGAGAGCUUAAACCAACAACAACAACACUUCAACUUGCUGAUCGUUCAGUAAAAGUUCCAAGAGGGAUUGUAGAGGAUGUUCUAGUUCAAAUUGAUAAAUUCUAUUAUCCUAUUGAUUUUAUAGUUUUGGACACACAUCCUGAUUUAAAUUCAAAUGCACAAAUACCUGUCAUUUUAGGUCAUCCCUUUCUUGCAACUUCAAAUGCGUUGAUAAAUUGUAGAAAUGGUAUCUUGAACUCUCUUUUGAAAAUAUGA